AGAGACACUGAAGUCAUGGAUCCUUCUGAUACACAGAGGAAAAAAGUAGCUAUUAUUGGGGGAGGCUUGGUGGGGUCUUUAAAUGCUUGUUUCUUUGCAAGAAGGGGUUUCUUGGUGGAAAUAUAUGAAAGCAGACCUGAUAUCCGUGGUUCCAACACAACUUGUGGCAGGAGCAUUAAUCUGGCCCUGUCACAUAGGGGACGGCAGGCUCUCAAAGCUGUUGGAAUGGAAGAUCAGAUUCUGUCUAAAGGCAUCCCUAUGAAAGCAAGGAGGAUUCACAUGCUCUCGGGAAAGCAAUAUUCAAUUCCCUAUGGGACAAAAGAUCAGUAUAUUAUCUCUGUGGAUAGAGCAAAUUUAAACAAGGAGCUGCUAACUGCUGCAGAGAAAUACCCCAAUACUAAAAUAUAUUUUGAGCACAAACUGCUUUGCUGCAAUGUGGAAUCAGGGGCCCUAACUGUUUCAAGAUCAGACCAAACUGUAAACGAGGUAAUUUGUGACCUAAUUGUGGGUUGUGAUGGAGCCUUUUCUACGGUUAGGAAGCAGUUUAUGAGACAAACACGUUUCAGUUACAGCCAAGAGUAUAUUCCUCAUGGAUACAUGGAGCUGAACAUUCCCCCAAAGGAUGGAGAUUUUGCAAUGAAGCCAAACUAUCUUCACAUUUGGCCCAGGAACACAUUCAUGAUGAUUGCACUGCCAAAUCUGGAUAAGUCAUUCACAUGCACUCUUUUCAUGCCUUUCGAAAAAUUUGAAGAACUCAAAACAAGGGAACAACUGCUAGAUUUCUUCAAAAUGCAUUUUCCAGACUCAAUUGCUCUAAUAGGAAAACAAAAACUGAUGCAAGACUUCUUUUUGCUACCAGCUCAGGCCAUGGUAUCUGUGAAAUGCUCUUCAUACCACAUUGACUCCCACUGUGUGCUAAUGGGAGAUGCUGCACAUGCAGUCGUACCCUUCUACGGUCAAGGCAUGAAUGCGGGAUUUGAAGACUGUCUGGUUUUUGAUGAGCUGAUGAACCAAUUCAACAAUGAUCUCUGUGUUUGCCUUCCAGAGUUUUCACAUCUGAGAGUACCUGAUGACCAUGCAAUUUCAGAUUUAGCCAUGUAUAAUUAUAUAGAGAUGAGGAUGCAUGUAAAUUCAAGGUGGUUCAUUUUCCGAAAGCAUUUAGACAACAUUCUUCAUGCUCUCUUGCCCUCUACCUUCAUCCCUCUAUACACUAUGGUCACGUUCUCCAGAAUCCGAUACCAUGAAGCAGUGCAAAGAUGGAAAUGGCAGAAUAAGGUCAUCAACACUGGCCUCUUCCUGACUGUCACAGCAGCAGCACUAAGCGGCAUCUAUCGGCUUAGAAAUGGCAUAAAACAAAAAACUGAUUUUUGGGUAGGGAACCUGUGGGAAAGGAUGGUUGGCCUCAACAUUUUUUGAAAUGUUACUUGUGCAUUAAACCAUAAAAUGUAGAAUGGUAUGUUCAAACUCUUAAUUAAGCACCUAUUUUGAAAAUCUGUGUUUCAAAGUGUUCAAAGUAGGUGUGCCACUGAGCUGAAUGAUGAAUCCAAAAGUUAAAAUUCCAUAUUGAACCCAAUGGAAUAUUUGCUAUAAGCUUCAGCAGAAUUUUAUUAUCUUCCUACAUCAUAUGGAAUGGUAAAACAUCCUAUAUAAGCUUGCUACAAGCCCCAUAUUUUUCCAACAGUUAAAGAAUGCAAUAUAAUAUCAUCCUGUAUAUUUGAAUAUUUUAAAGUUGCAGAACAGCCCAUAUACAGAAUCAGCAAUAAACAUUGUAUCUGCCAAGGUUUCCAGACAAACGAUCUAGCAAUGUAAUAAAGAUUAUAAAAUA